GAAGUAUAGUGUUUCUGAGCUUUUAUUUUUAGACGCUGGUCACUACAGAAGUUUCCUUCAGAGUUCAGAGUGCGAGUUGACUUAAUAUUCCACACGUGUGUAGAAAAUUAACUGUUGUUUUUGUUUUUUAAUUCUUAAUACAAAUUGUCUCAUUCGGCGCUGCCAAAGGAAUCGUUUGGUGUUCGAGGGAAUCAAAUAUCAACCAAGGUGUCGUGAAAGGCAGGUGCUCCGAGCCCCUGUCUCUCUCUCUCUCUCUCUCUCUCUCUCUCUGCCUUUGUCCCUGUAUAAGAGCUCUACAUGGCGCUCCUCAGCCGUAACCUGACCCUGUCCCUUCGGCAGAACCUGCGCCUCGUGCCUCGAGGCUGCAGAUACGUCAGUCAGACAGCUACGAAGACCGUCUCGGAGUUUGAAUACGACGCUCCGUCCAUGAAGACUCCUGUACCGGGGCCCAGGUCAAAGGAACUGACAAGGCAGCUGGGAGAAAUCCAGAACGUGGGAGCAAUUAAUUUCUUCUGCAACUAUGAGGAGAGCCGGGGAAACUACCUGGUGGAUGCCGACGGCAACCGAAUGCUGGAUCUGUACACGCAGAUCUCGUCUAUUCCUCUGGGUUAUAAUCAUCCGGCUUUGAUGAAAGUGCUCAGCAGUCCCAACAAUCUGAGUGCGUUUGUUAACCGCCCGGCACUUGGAAUCCUGCCACCUGAGAACUUUCCUGAAAAGCUGACUGAAAGUCUGCUUUCGAUGGCUCCCAGUGGAAUGACCCGGGUGCAGACCAUGGCGUGUGGCUCCUGCUCUAACGAGAACGCCUUCAAGGCCAUGUUCAUCUGGUACAAAAACAAAGAGAGAGGCACCAAUACUCAUACACCAGAGGAAACAAGCUCCUGUAUGAUUAACCAGAGUCCUGGAUGUCCAGAUCUGAGCAUCCUGUCUUUUAUGGGAGCCUUUCACGGGAGAACUAUGGGUUGCUUGGCGACGACUCACUCCAAAGCCAUUCACAAGCUGGACAUCCCGUCUUUGGACUGGCCCAUCGCGCCCUUCCCCAGGCUCAAGUAUCCGCUGGAGGAGUUUGUUCAAGAGAACGCCCAGGAGGAGGCUCGCUGUCUCGAGGAGGUGGAGGAUCUGAUUGUGAAGUGGAGGCAGAAGGGCAAACCCGUGGCGGGUAUCAUCGUCGAGCCCAUCCAGGCAGAGGGAGGAGACAAUCACGCAUCACCUGACUUCUUCAUCAAACUGCACACCAUCGCUCGGAAGCAUGGAUGCGCUUUUCACGUGGACGAGGUUCAGACGGGGGGCGGAGCCACCGGAAAGUUCUGGGCCCACGAGCACUGGGGCACAGACGACCCUGCUGAGAUCGUGUCCUUCAGCAAGAAGAUGCUCACAGGAGGAUACUUCCACAAAGACGAGCUGCAGCCUGAUAAGGGUUACAGGAUCUUUAACACGUGGAUGGGAGACCCGUCUAAGAACCUGUUCCUCUCAGAGGUGCUGAAUGUCAUCAGAAGAGAGAACCUUCUGGAAGAAGUGACUCGCUCUGGGAAGACUCUGUUACAGGGACUUUAUGAGCUGCAGUCUCAGUAUCCUCACUUCCUGAGUCGAGCUCGUGGUCAGGGCACCUUCUGCGCCAUCGAUGCCCGAGAUUAUGUCACCCGGGACCAACUUCUGCUCAAACUCAGGGACAAAGGUGUCCUUCUAGGUGGCUGCGGCGAAAAUUCCAUCCGCUUCCGUCCAGCUCUCAUCUUCAAAGAGUACCACGCUCAUCAGUUCCUCAACAUCUUCAACGACGUGUUGUCUGAGUACAAAUAAAGCGCCACGGAGCUCCGAGGAGAACAAGCACAAGGGUCCAAACCCCUGAAACAGGCAGUCGCCCCUUCCCCCCCCCCACUCCCCUCCUUUUUUUUCCCCCCUAACCUUUUAACUUCACUUUAUAAAUCAUUUGUUUAAUUUCGCUCUAAAGCGCUCACUCUCUCUACACUUUCGCACUGUAACGAGCACAACGGGGUCAGGAGUUUUAUGGUGGAUCAGCAUCAGUACACUCUUAAGAUUUAUAUCCGAAACUCUGUCUUUAAUGAGCCUGAGGUGUCAUUCUAGGUGUCGAUGCACCAGUCAGCAGCUUUAAAGGAGUAAAUCACAGUGAUCCGCUCGGUAAGUGAAGAUUAUUUUGAAGGAGCAGUUUGUAUUUUUAGAGCUGGUUCGGUGAACUGUGUGUGUGUGCGUCUGUGUGUGUGCGCGUCAAACAGGAGCUUGUUUUGUGCCCUGAAAAAUGUAAAUAAAUGAAAUUUUAUUAAUAGAAGUAUAAAAAAAACAACACUAAAAUUACAAACUGCACCUUUAAAUGAUGACUAGUUUCCUCAGUCAGACUUAAGCACAUGAACAAAUCCAGGACAAGCUCAAAUAUAUAAACCCUCUUCAUCUACCUCGGAGCAAAGAGCGGCUCUGUAAAGGGUACGAAGCCCUCGUGGGAAAACCGUAAGGUCGUGAAAAAGUGAAAGGACGAAACGGAAAAACACAAAUGAGUCACUGUGAUUAUCAGGUGUGUAUCGUGAGAGCUACUGAAUGACACUAUGGAAGGUCAGGCUCUCCCCACAAUGCUGUACUUCAGCACAGGAAACUCACUAUCUCGCUCACAAACACACAUACACACAUCGAGGCUGAAAGAUCAGCACCUAACUCUGGUCCUGGAGUGUUUUGUAGGGAGUAAAAUGUCACCAGAUCAUUCGGGAUGCUGAAUACAUCAGACCUGCCUUCAUUCCUCACAUUCAGUACCACAUCAAUAUUACGCAUCCAUGAGGUGUUAUUGUAGUCGGCUCAGUAGCAGGUCCACGUAGGUGCUGUAGGAACCUGAAGAACACCACAGCGAACGUAUUAAUUUUUAAUAUCAUUAAUGAACCGGUGAUGAACGUCCUAAACUAGCUGCACACGCACAAAUAGCCCGUUUAGAUCUUUGUGCUAAGCCACAUAUAAAAACUGUGUGUCUGAUCAGGAAAAAAGGUACCGAACCGUACCGUCGCUGGAGCCGUCACGUACUCCUUCGUGUUUGAAAGUCAUGCCUUUUUUUUAUUAAUAUUAUUACUAUUAUAAAUUUAACAUAAUUAAGAGCUUUAGCUCCACACUAGUUCCGUAAACAGGGGUAUUAUAGGUAAGAAAGCCGUGCAAUAGCAAGUUCUUCUCCAGUCUCGUUUGUUUAAAAAAAAAAAAAAAAAAAAAGCCGACUUUACACACUGUACUAACGACUCCAGGAUCACAGUCACACACCAACACUGAUCUCCAAAACCACACAUGGGAUUUUCAUGUAGAAUCUGUGCACCAGGGUUUAACGUCCCACCACAAAAACCCACGUUUUUUUUAAGAGAAUAAAGCGGGAUACAGAUAUAGAUGAUGACACCGUGAGUUUUUUUUGUUUUUUCCCUCCCCCAGGUCUAGUUAUUAGUUUCAUCAGCUGAGACACAGACACCUAAAAUUAUCUACAUGUUUAGACUAUUUUUGAGCUAAAUGUCGGUAAUGCCGUAUAGUGUCCCGUUUGUCCACGUAAAGUAAUAUAAAAGGUAGUUAGCGUUAUCCUGUUGUUAAUAUAGCGGACAGACGGCGUGGACAGAAGUAGAAAACACUCGCAGCCGCUCAGUUCACGAGAGCAAAACUCCCAGUAUACGUGACGACUCCGUGCUCGUCUGUCUUUAACCCGUCAGUAUUGUAUAGAGUUGUGAAUUAUCUGUUAACCACUAACAACACCUCGACGAAUGAUGUAUCAAUGCCAUGUUUGUUUACUGUGUGAAAUAGGAUAUUAAAUGUAAUGAUGCGCAGUUAAAUAUUGUCUAAGCAAUAUAAACGCAAUCAGAAAUAAAUCUGACAUUUUUGGAGUUUGA